AUGUCCGGGGCUUCCGUGAUACCGUCCAAUUCACCGUUACCAACUGAACUUUUACUAGCCAUCUUCCUUCACUUGGAUGGCGCCACCCUCGCGACGUGCGCCACAGUAUGCCGUCACUGGGCGCUGGUGGUUAAUCACUACGAUGAUCCGAUCUGGCGAACCAUGGCCAGUCGUGAUUUUCAAAAAGGCAUUCGCCGGUUCUGGUCGCUUCAGUUUCCUGAUCCCCGCAUUCACAACGACAUUGGAUCGCCGGUUGCCAAAGAAAAACUGUGGCGGACAUGGCAGGAUAUGUAUCGAAUCACCCGAAACUGGUACAACGGCAACUGCUUUGGUUAUGCUCCUGCCAUCGUGGAACGGUCUCAGUUACCUCCUCAGAGCUUUCCUUACGCCGUUGUCGGGUCGCUGCAGGAACAAACCUUUUUCACCGAUCUCACCGUGGCAGCCAGUGGCCUUAUUGUUCGCUCCAACCCUACCUAUCGAAACACGCAGGGGCUUCACAGCCUUAUCCUUCAGGAUCCCCGCACAUUGGAAGAAACCUAUUUCGAUCCUAUCUUACGAGACGUCUCAUCAUCCAACGACAUUCAUGCCAUCGUUUGUCAAUACACCCAUCCCACUUCCAAAUGGCUCGUAACAGGCGGUCUAGAUGGAUCGGUCGCUCUGUGGAACAUGAACACUAAAAAACUGGCAAGACUGUGGCAUGGACAUCGUGGCCGAGUCCUCUGUGUGAGCAUGAAUGACAAAGUGGUUGUCAGUGGCGGUUCUGACAGUAUGCUUCGUGUGUGGGAUAUAGAAGACGAAGCGGAUGCUCCUUUGCUGAAACCCACAGUGCAUCCUGCGAUCCACACAUCACGGCGUGGCACCAUUGACAUUUCUUCCUAUCUCUCUUCACGCAGCGAAUGGUACCAGGGGGUUGGGGAAGUAGCCGCCAAUGGACACUUGGUCGCUUGUGCUCCCGAUGCAUCGGGUCCCAUUCUACUGUUUUCUCUGUUGACUGGAUCCUUGGUGUACGAGCUGCGCACGAUCGAUGCGACCUUUGCCGCCGCUGCUGCCACAGCCACCGGGGCCGAAUGGGAUCCAUCCAUGGAAAUUAUCACCGCUUUCACCAAAUUAUGCAUGACUCCUUUUUUCUUGCUCGCCAAAGGCAAGUAUAUACCCGGUCAGGAAGGUCCGCCUGUAUAUCCCGUUGCCGCGGAUCGAUCCUCCAAACCGUCAUCCGGCUAUGUCACCCCACUCAGUUCCCACGCUUCAUCCUCUCCGUCGCCUCCUACCGCCCAAAUGACUCCCUAUCAGCUUUAUCACUACUAUCAAUCGUUGAACGCAAGUAGCGGCUCCUCGACGCACGCUACCACCGCCCCGUUAUCCUCGUCUUCCGCAUUGAAUUGCAUUAAUGUUUGGGAUUUGCAAACCGGCAAAACUGCAUUUCGGCUUGCUCCUGUAUUUGACGAACCUCAAACGAACUAUACCAUCACUGACAUUCGUGUGACGCCUGAUUAUUCAAAGGUACUGGCGUGCGUUGAGCUCCGGUCUUCGUGCGAAGAGAAGCUUUACUGCUGGGAUUUUGGAGGCACAUGCGUUCGUCAAGAUCAACACACCACCGAUGUGGCGGAAGCGUUUCGCGUCAAAGCCGUUCAAAUUGAUUGCUCUCGAAAAUCGCAUAUCCAUGGCGACGAUGCUCAGACAAGAACGCAACGCAGAGCGGGACAAGUCAUUGGCCAAUCGUGGGCUUGUUUCAUGUAA